AUGACCCCGUGUCACCCCUGUGAGGUCUACAGCUCUGCCGGGGUGGAGGAGGAGGAGGAGGAGGAAGAGGAGGAGAAGGGAACUACAUCAGGCUGGAAUGUUUCUCCAUCCCAGAGAGAUGAAGUAAUUCAGUGGCUGGCCAAACUCAAGUACCAGUUCAAUCUUUACCCAGAAACGUUUGCUCUGGCUAGCAGUCUUUUGGACAGGUUUUUAGCUACUGUAAAGGUCCACCCGAAAUAUUUGAGUUGUAUUGCCAUCAGUUGUUUUUUCCUAGCUGCUAAGACUGUUGAGGAAGAUGAGAGAAUUCCAGUACUGAAGGUAUUGGCAAGAGAUAGUUUCUGUGGAUGUUCCUCAUCUGAAAUUCUGAGAAUGCAGAGAAUUAUUCUGGAUAAGUUGAAUUGGGAUCUUCAUACAGCCACACCAUUGGAUUUUCUUCACAUUUUUCAUGCCAUUGCAGUAUCAACUAGGCCACAGUUACUGUUCAGUUUGCCCAAAUUGAGCCCAUCUCAACAUCUGGCAGUCCUCACCAAGCAACCGCUUCACUGUAUGGCCUGCAGCCACCUUCUGCAGUUCAAAGGAUCCAUGCUUGCUCUGGCCAUAGUUAGUUUGGAAAUGGAGAAACUCAUUCCUGAUUGGCUUCCUCUUACACUUGAACUGCUUCAGAAAGCACAGAUGGAGAGCUCCCCGCUGAUCCACUGUCGGGAGAUUGUGGCACAUCACCUUUCUACUCUGGAGUCUUCCCUGCCUCUAAAUUCCGUUUAUGUCUACCGUCCCCUCAAGCACACACUGGUGACCUCUGACAAAGGAGUGUUCAGAUUACAUCCCUCCCCUGUCCCGGGCCCAGAUUCCUCCACAGACAAGAGCAAGCCAGAAGUGCUAGUCAGAGGUACAGCAGCUUUCUGCCAUCAUCUCCCAGCUGCCCUUGGGUGCAAGCAUACCUCUUCUAAUCGCAAAGUAGAGGAAAUGGAAGUGGAUGAAAAAAAAAAAUCAUUGUAUCAAAGAUAUCACUGCUCCCUGCAGCACUAUCCACAAUAG